AUGUCGCAACAAGACGCUACCCAAGUACAGACACAGACUGCGGUUGCUGACGACAGCACUUCAAGCAUGCCUGCCAAAAAUGUAUCCAAUGCAAAUGUCACAAGUAUCAACGCUACUACUAUCAUUGAACAUUCUCAACAGCAAAGUUCAACACAACCAGAGAAGACUUCAAAUCCUUUGAAAAGAGUCCUUCCCACUGACGGUGCGGAAAGAAGUGACAAUAAGCGGAAAGCAAGUCCAAGGAGGAGUAUUCGUGAAGCAAUCAGUGACUCGGCUGCUCUCGCUGAUAACGCAGCAGCAGCAAUACUCACAAACGUCAAUAAUUCGUCAACACAACAAACCUCUACUUCCCAGACAGUCCCUGACCCUACACAAGUCAUGCCCAAUCAUCAACAAUUUGCCGAAGUUAUAUCUGCCGCAACAAGUUUAGCUAACCAACUAAAUGCUCCUAUCGCUGUUGCUCCCAUGCCAAACAUGAACGCAUUGACGAGUAAUGUCAUGUCUAGUCAGUCUCAAGGAAUACCUGCAAAUAUGGAUGAAUUCUUACAAAAUGCUGCUGCUGUUGUACAGGCUGCUCAGGCUCAGCAAAUCCAACCGGAGGCAAGCCCAGGCGGUAAACGUAAUACUAGUUUACGCAAUCUAACCAAUGAUGAGCGUCGUCAACGACGUCUACUGCGCAACCGUGUUGCCGCAAAAGAAUGUCGUCGUAAGAAGAAGGCUUAUGUGGCCGAGUUAGAAGAGAAAGUUGCGCGUCUUGAAACUGAAAAUAAUCGACUUCAGAAACUGGUUGAAGAGCUAAAUGCGAAAAUAACAUUAAGUGCUAUGCGUAUUGAUGACAAUGUUCGAUUAAUCAAAGAAGUUGAAGAGCUCAACACAAAACUUGCAAUGAACGCUGCUAUACAGCAAGAAGCUAAGAGAGUUGAAGGGUCAAAAGAAUCGACAGAAUCAAAGCCGUAG